CCGCUCUGUCCCUCUCGCUCGCCCGUCGAUCUUUCUUCUCUUCCCUCCGUCCGAUCAAACAUCCCACGUUGCGAAACGAGCAGAAGAUCCAGUCGCUACCAUGAAGCCCACCAGCCUCAAGAUGCUCCUCGCCGGAGGCGCCCUUUCCUCCGGCGCCCUGGCGCAGACGAGCGGCGACCUCACCAUCCUCGCCAUGAACGUCGCUGGUCUGCCCGAGAUCCUCCAGAACAACGAGGUGCCCGGCGACAAGACGACCAACUCGCGAACCAUCGGAUCGUACUUCGCCAAGUACAACUACGACAUCAUCAACGUUCAAGAGGACUUCAACUACCACGCCUACAUCUAUGAGACGGACACGCACCCCUACCGCACCGCAACCUCCGGCGGCGUGCCCCUCGGCUCCGGCCUCAACACCCUCGCCAACUAUGACUGGAUCGAAUUCGAGCGCGUAAAGUGGUCAACCUGCUCCAACGCCUCCGGGUCCGACUGCCUGACGCCCAAGGGCUUCACCUUCAUGCGCCUCCGCGUCGCCGAGGGCGUCUACGUGGACGUCUACAACCUCCACACCGACGCCGGCACCGAGGCGGGCGACCUCACGGCCCGCAACAGCAACCUCCACCAGGUCGCCGACUACAUCGACACCUGGUCCGUCGGCAACGCCGUCCUCGUCUUCGGCGACACAAACUCCCGCUACACCCGCACGUCGGACCAGAUCGGCGUCUUCGCCUCGCAGAACGGCAUGCGCGACGUCUGGCUCCAGCUCGAGCGCGCCGGCGUCGUGCCCACCGUCGAGACCCUCUGCGCCAACCCCAGCACCACAAACUACUGCGAGACGGUCGACAAGGCCUUUUACCGCGGCAACGCCGUCGUCAACCUCGAGGCGACGUACUUCAACUACGAGAGCAGCAAGUUCCUGCAGUCCAACGGCAGCAUCCUCACCGACCAUAACCCCAUCACCGCAAACUUCACCUGGUCCCUCUCCUCCACCCUGCGCCAGUCCGACUUCUCCGGCGGCCCCCACGGCGACUGGUUCUCCGAUCUGCCCGCGCUCGCCAGCAAGUCCAAGCCCAAGGCCUCGGUCCUGACCUUCCGCGGCGCGGACCGCCUCGACUCCGUCGCCGUCACGCUCGCCGACGGCACCGUCUUCACGCACGGCGGCACCGGUGGCACGGCCGCGACCCUGACGCUCGCUGCGACUGAGUACUGGACCGCUGCUAAGCUCUGCUGGGGCAAGAAGAGCAACGAGACGCGCAACUUUUACAUCCAGGCGACUACCAGCACGGGCCGAACGGUCGCGGCCGGUACGGCGACGUCGGAUUGCGCCACGCACACGGCGCCUUCGGGAUGGCAGAUUGUCGGAUACUUGGGACGGGACGGGGAUGAGAUUGACAGGUUGGCAUUUGUCUAUGCGCCUCAAUAAGAGAACGUAAAAUCAUGGGCCUUUUGCAUUCUUUAAUUAUUUAAUGCGGAGCUCGGCAACCAGAUACCGACCAUAAUAAACCUUAAAUCCCGCCGGGUUGUCUCUGAUAUAUCGAAUUAUGUGUAUACUGAUUCUUCUUUUUUGUCGAUCUUGUUCUGUCUUGUCUCGAUUCGUCCCGGAUUCCUGACUAUCCGUUGCACCAGACACUCGUGAUCAGCACCAGGGGUGGACUUUUUUUUUGAGGUAAUCUCUAGCACAAGGUCCUCAACUGCUCAGUGCGGUGCGAUUUCGGCCGAGGAAAGCCUGGCAAUCAGUCCAUGAACCCUAGCAACCACGCGAUUCAUGAAUCAGGGUCUGCUCCGACGACGAAAAGCUGUCCCGAUCGGCGGGAGCUUGCUGCCUGACGACUGUACGCGGCAUAGCGUCCAAAGAACCUAUGUCAACGAAAAGACUCACACGCCCCUUUUCUAGAACGGCACGAACGGCUGGCCCUAGCCAGGCUUGACUUAGGGACUUUGAAAUUGGAUCUUUGUUCUUCUUUGUCGAUC